AUGGCUUUGUGGAAGAUUUCAGCUUUUGUCGUCUGUAUGGUGGGGUUAGCUCUGGUGCUUCCUUCCCAUGCACAAAACUCUCCUCAAGACUACCUUGAUGCACACAAUGCAGCUCGUUCAGCAAUCGUGGGUGCAAACAUACCAGCUCUGUUAUAUGACACCACAUUAGAAGCAGAUGUCCAAUUAUAUCUCAGCACAUUGCUUGGCCAAUGCAAUAUUAACGUUGAUCUUUCGCUGAAUGGCAUCAACGUUAAAGUGAAAGAAAAUGUAUUAACAGGGCUUGAUGCUGUGAAUGCUUGGAUAUCAAUUGGUGCCAUCUGUGGGAACGAAGAAGAUCUUAUCGUCACCAGAGUUCUCAUUCCUAUUCACCCACUAAGAUUUACAUGGAAAACCACGGCGAAAACCAUAUAG